AUGGCUGCUGCGCGGCUUCCUGACCGACUUCUUCGGCGGCGAGAGCUAACAGCGGCAAGAAUUCACAUAUUCCUUCUGAGCCAAGGACAUGCAAUGAAACUACAAAUCAAAGUGGAGGAAAAAGAAGACGAGACAGAGGAAAGCUCAAGUGAAGAGGAAGAGGAGGAGGAAGGUAAACUACCUCGAAGAGAGAGCUUGAGACCAAAGAGGAAACGGACCAGAGAUGUUAUCAAUGAGGAUGACCCAGAACCUGAACCAGAGGAUGAAGAAACAAGGAAGGCAAGAGAAAAAGAGAGGAGGAGGAGGCUAAAGAGAGGAGCAGAAGAAGAAGAAGAAAUUGAUGAAGAGGAAUUGGAAAGACUGAAGGCAGAGUUAGAUGAGAAAAGACAAACGAUUGCUACUGUCAAAUGCAAGCCAUGGAAGAUGGAGAAGAAAAUUGAAGUUCUCAAGGAAGCAAAAAAAUUUGUGAAUGAAAAUGAAGGGGCUCUUGGGAAAGGAAAAGGAAAACGGUGGUUUGCAUUUAAGAUGAUGAUGGCCAAGAAAUGGGUAAAAUUCCUUCGUGAUUUUGAGAACUUCAAAGCUGCGUGUGUCCCAUGGGAAAAUAAAAUCAAGGCUAUUGAAAGUCAGUUUGGCUCCUCAGUGGCCUCAUACUUCCUCUUCUUGAGGUGGAUGUAUGGAGUCAAUAUGGUUCUCUUUAUCCUGACAUUUAGCCUCAUCAUGUUGCCAGAGUACCUCUGGGGUUUGCCGUAUGGCAGUUUACCUAGGAAAACAGUUCCCAGGGCUGAAGAGGCAUCGGCAGCAAACUUUGGUGUGUUGUACGACUUCAAUGGUUUGGCACAAUAUUCCGUUCUUUUCUAUGGCUACUAUGACAAUAAACGAACAAUUGGAUGGAUGAAUUUCAGGUUGCCGCUCUCCUAUUUUCUAGUGGGGAUUAUGUGCAUUGGAUACAGCUUUCUGGUUGUCCUCAAAGCAAUGACCAAAAACAUUGGUGAUGAUGGAGGUGGAGAUGACAACACUUUCAAUUUCAGCUGGAAGGUCUUUACUAGCUGGGACUACCUGAUCGGCAAUCCUGAGACGGCAGACAACAAAUUUAAUUCUAUCACAAUGAACUUUAAGGAAGCUAUCACAGAAGAAAAAGCAGCCCAAGUAGAAGAAAACGUCCACUUGAUCAGAUUCCUGAGGUUUCUGGCUAACUUCUUCGUGUUUCUAACACUUGGAGGGAGUGGAUACCUCAUCUUUUGGGCUGUGAAGCGAUCCCAGGAAUUUGCACAGCAAGAUCCUGACACCCUUGGGUGGUGGGAAAAAAAUGAAAUGAACAUGGUUAUGUCCCUCCUCGGGAUGUUCUGUCCAACAUUGUUUGACUUAUUUGCUGAAUUAGAAGACUACCAUCCUCUCAUUGCUUUGAAAUGGCUACUGGGACGCAUUUUUGCUCUUCUUUUAGGCAAUUUGUAUGUAUUUAUUCUUGCAUUAAUGGAUGAGAUUAACAACAAGAUUGAAGAGGAGAAGCUAGUAAAGGCCAAUAUUACCCUUUGGGAAGCCAAUAUGAUCAAGGCCUACAAUGCAUCAUUCUCUGAAAAUAGCACUGGACCACCCUUUUUUGUUCACCCUGCAGAUGUACCUCGAGGACCUUGCUGGGAAACAAUGGUGGGACAGGAGUUUGUGCGGCUGACAGUCUCUGAUGUUCUGACCACCUAUGUCACAAUCCUCAUCGGGGACUUUCUAAGGGCAUGUUUUGUGAGGUUUUGCAAUUAUUGCUGGUGCUGGGACUUGGAGUACGGAUAUCCUUCAUACACCGAAUUCGACAUCAGUGGCAACGUCCUCGCUCUGAUCUUCAACCAAGGCAUGAUCUGGAUGGGCUCCUUCUUUGCUCCCAGCCUCCCAGGCAUCAAUAUCCUUCGACUCCACACAUCCAUGUACUUCCAGUGCUGGGCCGUUAUGUGCUGCAAUGUUCCCGAGGCCAGGGUCUUCAAAGCUUCCAGAUCGAAUAACUUCUACCUGGGCAUGCUACUGCUCAUCCUCUUCCUGUCCACCAUGCCUGUCUUGUACAUGAUCGUGUCCCUCCCGCCAUCUUUUGACUGUGGUCCCUUCAGUGGCAAAAAUAGAAUGUUUGAAGUCAUUGGAGAGACGCUAGAACAUGAUUUCCCAAGCUGGAUGGCGAAGAUCUUGAGACAGCUUUCGAACCCUGGGCUGGUCAUUGCUGUCAUUUUGGUGAUGGUUUUGACCAUCUAUUAUCUCAAUGCUACUGCCAAGGGCCAGAAGGCAGCAAAUCUGGAUCUAAAAAAGAAGAUGAAAAUGCAAGCUUUGGAGAACAAAAUGCGAAACAAGAAAAUGGCAGCUGCACGAGCAGCUGCAGCUGCUGGUGGCCAGUAG